GUCGUCGUCGUCGUCGUCGUCGUCGUCAGCGGCGGCCGAUAGCGCACUUUCAUAAUUUUCCGAUUGACGCGCGCACGCGAGCCGAGCAGCGUCGGAUUUGACGAAAGGGCCGCACACGUCCAUGGGAACGGGAAGCGAGUCGCCGAAGCCAGGAGGGAAGUGGUAGGUGAGACGGAAGUCCGGCCUCGCACUGCCUCGUUACCGGUCCUGCUCGUGGGCCCCUUUGAGAAGAGUCGUCGCUUCUCAUCGGGUGGCAUUCCUCCACCGAUGGCUCCGCCGCCCUCAGCACCCGAGGGAGGCUUCGUCGUAGCUGCUGUCAGCCAGCCCCGGCAAUAUGGACGGCUGCAUAACCAGCUUCCCCGAUCACAUUCUCGAGAUGAUAUUCUCGCACCUGGACCUCUACACCCUUGGGAAUUGCCUGCUCGUUUGCAAGAAGUGGCAAAGGUUUCUCAAUAAUGACGAGAACAACGAGAUAUGGCGGGUGCAUUGCAAAAAGAAGUUAACCGAGGAGACGAUCAGUUCGGAUCUAUUGUCGACGGUGCCGAGUUACAAGGCUAAGCUGAGAGCCCACUUUUACGCCUGGAAUCCGAACGAUUGCUCCAGGAAUAUAUACACAAAAUUUAAUGACUUGACACUGCAUAGAAAUCCAAUUGCACAGAGUACCGAUGCUUGUAGAGGGAAAAUUGGAUUUCGUCAUGGACGACAUGCGUGGGAAGUCAUAUGGGAAGGUCCACUUGGAACUGUUGCGGUUAUAGGAAUAGCAACUAAAGAAGCCGCUCUAGUUUCUCCGGGUUAUGUUGCCUUACUUGGAUCGGAUGAACAUUCAUGGGGUUGGAACCUCGUUGAUAAUAAUCUACUGCAUAACGGCGACGCUCAAGGAAACUAUCCUCUUCCAAAUAAUGCACCAAAAUAUCAAGUAGGAGAAAGAAUAAGAGUUAUAUUAGAUUGCGACGAUAACACUUUGUCAUUUGAAAAGAAUUAUGAAUUUCUGGGUGUAGCAUUCAGAGGUUUACCGGAUAAAAGGCUAUAUCCGUCAGUGUCUGCAGUCUAUGGAAAUACUGAAGUAUCAAUGGUAUAUUUAGGACCUCCACUGGAUGGGUAACAUUAGAAUUACAACGCAAAGUACCUCAAAAAUAAUUCCUUUAUAGUUCUUAAGUUUAAUGAACAAUGGGAGUAGUGCAUUUGUUUGUGUUUGCGUUUGUGUACGUGCGUGUUCGUGUGUGUUUUAAUUUAUUUCCAUUAAUGAAUUCUGCGAGGAUAAAAAACUAAAAAAUAACAAAAAUUGUGAAGUUAAGUCAAAUGUGAAAUGCGUUACAUUUCACACUGUAUAUAGCAAAUUAAGAAACUAGAAAAAGA